CUUUUUUAUCAGAGAAUACAAUGACAUCUCCAUUACCAACGAAUGCGAAAAGGAGGGAUCAAGAUGGAAAUGGUUAUGAUGAUCUACAAGAAGCACCACUUUCCAGUUCUCUUGACAGAAUGUCGUCCAUGGCCAGACUUCAAGCCAGUGGUGCCGAUGUGUAUGGUAGUUCACCUCAUUCUUAUAUUGGUCAUGAUCUCACUCAAGUGUCUUCUCAUCAAUCUUUGGCUUCUCAAUAUUCUUCUAAUGAUAACAAACUUGCCCGUGCUGUCAAACGUCAUUUAGCCGAUCCCAAUGCUAUUCAUCGUUCCUCUACACCUGUCUCUUCUGCUUCGUCCGUGGUCGAUCUUCCAUCAUCUUAUGCCAACAGUGGUGAUGAGGAAGUGUCAGUACAAAGUGGCAGCAGCAAUGGUAAUCAUUUUACUGGCAGCAUUCAUCAACUUCCUGGUGCUUCCAUUACUCAUGAUAUCUAUAAAUGGACUGACAAUAUCGAUGAACAAUUGGCUCGCAAGAAACGGUCUCAAUCCUUUAUUCAUCCCCGUAAUGAACCCAUUGAUCCUGCUUUGGCUCGACUCAAGGAUCCUGGAGGUUUCCGACGUCAUUUUGUUGUGGAUAAGGCUGCAAGACAAGGGAAAGCUCCGCCUCAUUGGAUGACAAACACAUUUGUAGAAUUCUUGGCUCUCUAUGGUCAUUUUGGUGGUGAAGAUCUUAGCGAAGAAGAAGAAGAAGAAGAAGAAGAAGAAGGUUUUGUUCGUCAUGAUUUAGGUGAACGUACUCCUUUGAUUCGACGUCCUACUGAAGAUCAACCUCAUGGCAAUGUCACUGCUUCUAAAGCCGUCUUUUUACUCAUCAAGGCCUUUUUCGGAACUGGUCCUAUGUUUCUUCCAAAAGCAUUCUCUAAUGGUGGAUUAUUCUUUUCUUGUGCACUAUUGACCUUUAUCGCCAUCAUAUCUCUUUACAGCUUCCUUUUAUUAGUUGAAACAAGAAACAAAGUACCAUUGUCUUUUGGUGAUAUUGGUGGACAUUUAUUUGGUCCUAGUAUGCGAUAUUUCGUUCUUGUUAGUAUAGCUGUGUCACAGAUCGGAUUUGUCUGUGCUUACAUGGUGUUUGUGGGUCAAAAUGUACAAGCUUUAGUGGAGGCCCUGACUGAUUGUGAAAUGAUUGUCCCACUUUCUUAUUUGAUUUGGGGACAAAUUGCCAUCUUUGUGCCACUUGCGAUGAUCCGAAAGAUUCAAAAACUCUCUAUUUUCGCACUUCUUGCCGAUCUGUUUAUCUUAUUGGGUGUAUUGUACUUGUUCUAUUAUGACUUUUGGAGUUUGACUCUCCGUGGAAUCGGUCAAGUGGAUUGGAUCAUUAAUCCUGCUUCUUUCCCUAUGUUUGUUGGUACUGCUGUUUUUACUUUUGAAGGUGUUGGUCUUAUCAUUCCAAUCACUGAAUCAAUGAAGGAUCCUAAACAAUUCCCUAAAGUAUUAUCUGGUACCAUGAUUGGUUUGGCUGCUGUGUUUUUGGCUGUGGGUUCUAUUUCCUAUCUUACUUUUGGAAAGAAUGUACAAACGGUGAUUUUACUCAACUUGCCUCCAAAUCCUAUUGUCAAUACAUUACAAGGUCUUUAUGCUUUGGCCAUCUGUCUGUCAAUCCCAUUACAACUCUUCCCUGCCAUUCGUAUUGUUGAAAAUGCAUUGUUUACUCGAUCUGGCAAGCAUAAUCCCAUUGUGAAAUGGCAAAAGAAUAUGUUACGCUUGAUGACGGUGAUUCUCAGUGCUGGUAUUGCUACGGCUGGUUCUCAAGAUUUAGACAAGUUUGUAUCUGUGAUUGGAAGUGUAUGUUGUGUGCCUCUUUGUUUCUUGUUCCCUCCAUUAUUCCAUUACAAGGCCAUCGCCCGCUCCGUCAAAGAAAAAGUCAUCGAUAUGUUGAUCAUCGUCUUUGCUGUGAUCUGUAUGACUUAUACCACUUGGAUCACCAUCUCUCUCUGGUUCUCCGACAAUCAACCUGACUCACCUCCUCCCACUCGAUGUAUCCCUCAUUAGCUUAUAGUUUUAUCUAUAUAUACAUCUUUUUAUCUAUAUACCGUCCUUUUUUUUUUUUUUUUUU